AUGGCAAUGAACUUGCACUUUACAAUCAUAUGGUUUUCUUUAUUUUAUCUGCUGUGCUUCACACCAAGAUUUCAUUCUUCAAGGGUCCAUCCAGUGCGUUCUUCCCAAAAUGGGCUUUACACGACAAAUUUCUUCACCCAAAUACUCGAUCACUUCAAUUAUAAUCCCCAGAGCUACCAAACGUUUCAACACAGAUAUCUCAUCAAUGAUACUUACUGGGGUGGUGCCAAGAAGAAAGCUCCAAUCUUUGUCUACGCAGGAAAUGAAGGGGACAUAGAAUGGUUCACACAGAACACGGGCUUCAUGUUCGAAACAGCACCUUAUUUCAAAGCCCUUUUAGUUUUUAUAGAGCAUAGAUUCUAUGGAAAAUCUAUACCAUUUGGGGGGAACAAGGAGGUUGCAAAUGCAAAUAGCAGCACACUUGGAUAUAUGAGUUCCACACAGGCAUUGGCUGAUUAUGCCACUCUCAUCAUUGAUCUGAAGAAGAAUUUGUCAGCUACUGACUCUCCUGUUGUGGUGUUUGGAGGAUCCUAUGGAGGAAUGCUUGCUGCAUGGUUCAGGAUGAAGUAUCCGCAUAUUGCCAUUGGAGCCUUGGCAUCCUCUGCUCCAAUCCUCCAAUUUGUGGAUUUGGUUUCACCAUAUACAUACACUAACAUCGUCACUCAAGACUAUAAGAGCGAGAGUGAGAAUUGUUACAAAGUGAUUAAAGGGUCUUGGAAGCAAAUAGAAGACAUGGGCCGAAGACCUGGAGGACUAGAACAACUACGGAAAUCGUUCAGAAUAUGCAACAAUAUAAGCACAGAUGAUCUUGAAGGUUGGCUUCGAGCGGCUUUAAGUUAUGCGGCCAUGACAGAUUAUCCAACACCUUCCAAUUUCCUCAUUCCCUUGCCUGCUUAUCCAGUGAGAAAGAUGUGUGAAGCAAUUGAUAACUUAUCCACUGGAAACGAAACGUUCACCAAAAUGUAUGCAGCAGCUAACAUCUUCUACAACUACAGUGGGACUGCGGCGUGUUUUGAUUUGAAUGGUAAUUCGGAUCCUCAUGAUCUCGGUGGAUGGGGUUGGCAGGCAUGUACGGAAAUGAUAAUGCCCCUGGGUGGGAACAAUGAGGACAGCAUAUUCCCAGCUUAUAAAUGGAACUUGAAAAACGUUCUCUCUUCCUGCAACCAUGUCUAUCACUUACAGCCAAGACCCCAUUGGAUUACCACUGAGUUUGGUGGCCAUGACAUUGAAAGAGUUCUGAAAAGGUCUGGAAGCAACAUAAUAUUCUUUAACGGUUUAAGAGACCCUUGGAGCGGUGGAGGGGUGUUGAAGAAUAUAUCAAAAACGAUAGUUGCCAUAGUAGCCAAAGAAGGAGCUCAUCAUGUAGACCUAAGGUUCUCAACCAAAGAAGAUCCAGAGUGGUUAAAGGAUGUAAGGAAACAAGAGAUAAAGAUGAUAGCAAGAUGGAUCUCACAAUAUUAUGAAGACAUAAAAAUGAAAUAA